AUGGUGAAAUCUGGUGGUUAUGUAAACCUCGUAAUGAGUCAAGGGCCAGUUCAUCUGGACUCCUGCGACCCUCUUCUCUUUACUGGCCAAAGUUCUGGUGUGUCUACUGUCAAAGAGAGGAGAAAAUGGUCACUGAAAGAGGAUUUAAUCCUCAUCGGAGCGUGGCUCAACACCAGCAAAGACCCCAUUGUGAGUAAUGAACAAAAGCAAAGAUGGGCUAGGAUCAACGAGGGAGUUUGCAAGUUUGCUGGUUGUUACGACAUGGCACUGAGGGAGCAGAGAAGCGGGCAAAAUGAGAACGAUGUGAUGAAGUCUGCGUUGGAUAUAUUUGCCAAUGACCAGGGAUCGAAGUUCAACUUCGAACAUGCGUGGAGGGAGCUUCGGCAUGAUGUAAAGUGGUGCUCAACAUAUCUGGAGAAGGACAAACGCAAACCAGCGGAUUCCCAAGGCGAUGGUGAAGGGGCAGUGCCUGAGCCAGAGCCAGAGCCAGAAGAGCGACCAAUAGGAGUUGAGGCUGCAAAGGCUGGUAGCAAGAGGAAGAAAACUGGAAAAGAGGAGGAGUUGGCGAAGCUAGAAAAUUUGUUGGAGUUAAGAAAAAAAAUCUCUCAGCAGAGUUUGCUAGAGAGUUUGCUUACAAAGCCCAAGCCUCUCUCUGAGAUGGAAUCAGCUCUCAAAAGUGAAGUACUAGACCAUGUCACGGGUUGA